AUGUUGCUGUUUUUAUUGCUGAUUUUCCAUAAUGUAAAUGCUGAUUUUACCGUACAUUUUCGCUCAUUUAUUCAUAAUAAUUAUGGUAUUGCUAUUGCACAAGCAUUGGAGCGUACUGAUUUGGGAAAUGAUGCAAGUUUUGGUGGUAAAGAAAGUAAUGAUGAUGAGUUAAAUAAUCAAGCUGUAAUACUUAUUCAUGAUAGCGGUGAUAAAAUUACUCGAUUUCAGAGAAUGGUCAAUCAUUUACUUGCAAAAGGUUACAAUCGAUCUGAAAUUUAUGGUACAACAUGGGGUGAUGGUGGUUUGACAGCUAUUGGAUUAAUUGAUUUGAAGUGUUCGUAUGUUAAACAAAUCAGGAGUAUGAUAAUUGCUGUACGUCAAUAUACUGGUACACGAGUUGAUGUGAUCGCAUAUGGGAUGGGUUCACCGUUAGCUCGAAAAGCAAUUCUUGGCGGAGAUUGCGUUGAUACUCGUGAAAUUCUUGGUCCACCACUUACCGAAUUAAUUGACACAUAUUUGAGUGUUGCCGGUGCCAACUAUGGUAUGAUAUCAUGUAUUAUACCGAUACCGGUAGGUGUAUGCAAUCGUAGAACUGGUUUGCAUUGUCGAUCAACAUUUUUGCGUGAUAUUAAUGGACAAAUUGCAUAUGAAGGGACUUUUGUUUUUAGCAUUUUCUCGGAUUCUGAUGAAAAGAUUGGUUAUCGUGGUUGCGAUACGCUAUUAAGUCCGAUCAGAGGUGAAACCGGAUUUGUAAAAAAGGAAUUUCUAAGUCAUGAUCUUACAAUCGAUAAGACAUAUGAGAUGCAACGGAAUUUCAUUCGAAAGCAGCGACCAUUCUGA